AUGGCCACGACAGCAGCAACUGCAGCAGCUUCAAACGAUGCAAAGAAUCGAAUAGGAACGGAUUUUAUUAAUUUAAAUAUGAACCCUUUAAAGGAAAACAUAAAACCUUUUGUAACUUCUGCCCCUUCCUCCGCUCAACAUCCAUCUAUUUUGGGUGACCUGGAUGCAAUGCUGAUGUUUGGUGAACAUUUGAGAGAUGCCAUGUUGAAGGCAUCCAUCUCAAACAGCAGACAACUCUUUCAAACGCAGGCGAACAUGCAGAAGAACAAUAUUGCAGAUGAGUUGUUGAGUGGAGAUGACAUAAACACCGAUGUCCAACCAGUCGAACUCAUUCUCGACUCGAUCAAACAGUUCCCUUCAGCUCUCAAUAUCUUCAAUUCCGACGCACGGCACGGUAAGCCUGGCCCCAUGUUUGAUGGUGUCAUGUUGGAGGGCAACCACAAUAUAGACGUUACGAUGCUUGCCUCCAAUUCAGAGGAUCUGCUGUUUGACGAUGGACUUCUGCAGGAGCUGGUCUAUGAUAAUGUCCGUGAAAGGAUCCCCAACGACAACAACAGCAAUGCUGGCGAGGGUGGGGACGAGGAAGAAGGUGAGGGGAGGAGAGAGAGGAAGGAGAGGAAGAGGAGUAGGAGUCUGGUUGUUGAGGGGCAUUCCAUUAAGUUACAUUCCAACCGGGCCAAAUCCAGCACUUCAGCAGUCGCCUACAACCACAAACCGCCCAACAGCCACGCCGGCGUCAGCAAGUCCAAAAGGUGUUCGUUUGGCGGCGUGACACGUCACAGGACAAAUAUCCUCCCUGCUUCGUACCCCGCAGAACUGACCGUGACCAUCAGGGACUUCCUCUUCACUGACCAAUCCUUCUUCAAGCAGAUGACCAGCAAGAUAUCAACACCACCCUCAUCGUCAACUGCAGAUGUCUCCUUCAAGUCCAGAUCCUUCUACAUAACUUGUGACGUCGUUCGUCGUCGUGCCACGUCAACCAGCAAGACAUCAGCAUCUUCAUCCCAACAAGCAUCCACACACUCCACGCCUCAUGCGCCUGACGAUGACGUUCUAUCUUCAUACAAAACUAAACCAUUCACCAGGGGUUCAGCCAACAGUACCGUGGUGACCUUCAAUGAGGAAUUCAGUAUGCCCAUCCUCAUUGGACUGAAGAGAACGAGGCAUGAUGGUGUUGUCGUUGAUGACGACGAUGGUGAUGCUGAUGGCGAUGAUGAUAUUGAUGAGGAAAUGAAAAAUGUCUGCCUAAUCUUCAAAGUUUUCCAGCACAUUCCAUUCUCCAGCAUUAAGCCAAAACAGAUUGGUGUAUGCACCUUUCCUUUGAAAUGGUUCCAACAAGGGGACCUCUCCAUAACGGAAGCGUUGAUUGUCAAGCAUCAGCAUACCAACCUUCUUCCAUCACCUCCUCGUCAUCGUCAUCACCAACAUCCGGCCAGCAAGCACAAGUUCGCAUCGGCUGCUGAGGCUGGCCAAUCCAUCGGACUCCUAAAGGUGCACAUUGAGCUUCACAGGAAAGUAGCAGAGAACGGUGGUGAGAGCUCCAACGAUGGCGAUGCUGAUAGUGUAAACGAGCCCGUCAUAAAUGCUGAUGUUGAUGCUGCUGGCAAAAAAACCUAUGUGGUAGAUUGUGAUGAGGAUGAUGAUGAAGAAGAAGAAGAAGAUGGAAGGGGUAGUGAUGGUGGUUCCCAUUCUGACAAAUUUGUGAAAGAUGAUGCUUACAAGGUCAGCUCGAAAACAUCCGAUCAGAAGCAGGGCACGAAACAAGACACCUCGGCCCACAUCGGCCUGUUUAUCUCAAGGGCUGAAAUGAUUCCCAGGAACAAGAAGGAAGAGUUGAACGAACACUUGCACAACUACUACAUUGUGGUUAGAUCCUUCUGGCUGAAGGAGCCAACAAAGACGCCCGUCGUCUGGUCGUCCAUACUGCCUCUCUUCAACUUCAGACAGGUAGCUCCGGUCCACUUGAAAGAUGCCCUCCAGAAGAUGAAGAAGAUGAACAUGGUGGUGGUUGAAGUGUGGAAUAAGAAGCCCUCCAGUGACUUGUUGGUGGGCUUAUGCAAAUUGUCUUUGGAUCAGUUUGUUCUGACGUUCAGUGAUAGUUCCAUGUGGAAGUCUCUGCUUCAUAACAAGUACCCUGUAGUAGCGGUGAAUGACGCGGUAGAAAUAAGAUGCCCAAUAGAGGGUCAAGUCACGGGCCACUUGUACGUGAAGCUGGUGAUGGGGUCAUUGGACCAGGUCACUGAAUUUGACCUCAAUCCGUUUGCUCAAAACGAAGAUGAAGACUCCAUAUUUAGCCUGGGUGGGAAUGGAAACAACGACAAUGAUGAUGAGACGAGUGAGUUGGUCGAUGACUACAUGAAUGAUGUGAGGAAGGUGAGCAAAUGGAGGAAGGUUGUGGGGAAGAAGUCCAUUGGAGAGGCAACGACUUUGAGGCGAAGUUCCAUCCUGUCAGGCCGGGAUGUCAUGCUCAAUGAGCACACCUUCAUGGUCUACAUCGACAGCAUCAUCGACUUCAAGUGCACGGAGGGUCAGCAGUGGAGCGACGCCGAAUGUUACGUUCAAUACACUUUCCUCUAUCAGCCAUCACCCUCCAUACAGUCAUUCAACAGGCAACAUCUUGGCAGGAUCGCAGUGAAGUCGACACGCACCUCACCCGUGAAGUACUCCACCAACAUGUCGUUCGGCGAAUCCUUCCAACACAUCAUACUGCACAGGAUCGUCUACCACAUCCAGCAGAUCAUAUCGAAAGUGUUCAGCGGGGUGGGCAACGAGAACGACAUGACCUUUGAGGUCUGGUGCAGGCGCUACCAGCCUGUCGUGUGUGACGUCCUCGUCGCCAAGCUUCAUGAAGUCGUCGCUGACAUCAUGCGGUCGAUCACGUCACAGGCCUAUUUACCUUUGACCUCCGUGUAUCAGAUGCUAAUCCAUCGACCUUCCAGUGACUCGAGCUUCAUUGACCUCUCCCUUCCUCUCUUCAGUAGCUCCAAAGAGGGAGGCCAUCUUGCCACUUCCCACGAUCAGGGCGGGUCAGGGGUAUGUGGCUAUUUGAGGCUGAGGUUGGACUAUGAAACGAGAACCAGAAAGAAAGCAGCCCUCCAGUUACUUGGCCACCACCUGCCACUCAGUAACUACUUGCAGACGGGUCUCAACGUCUACCUCACAGCUUCCUUAUCCUUCCUACCCAUAGGGAACGAGAAAUCAACUCAAACCGUGACGAAGACCUUCCACCCCGACCUCUUCUCCAGCUUCGAGUUUGCAUGUCCAUUGUUCUGGAAGAAUCCUUCGUCUCGAGACAACAAGCCGAUGACUCUGGCGCACAUCUUCAACAAUGCCUACCUCCUCAUCAAGGUCUUCCAUCAAAAUACCGAUGCCACUGCUGAAUCGCUGCUUGGAUUGGAUGUGAAUUUGAAGGGGGUUCCCAUCAACCCGCUGAACAAGGCAAGCGUACUGACCAACAACUUCAGCGUCACCAAUGCGGCGAGUGCAAUGAGUGCCCCCAGCUACGUGAACGAUGUCCUGCUUGGAGUCGUGAUCGUUCCUCUGACCAACUUCCCCAUCAAGUCAUCUGGUCUUAGAGGCUGGUUCCCCAUCGAAUCCUCGGCAGCCUAUAGCGAUCUCGAGCGUAGGGACUACGUCGGUGGCAGCAAAGCGAAGGUCGUCCUAACCGGUGACGUCAACAAUGUUGUUGGAGGUGUCGAGUUGAUGCUGAAGAUUCCUUCGAAGAACGAGAGGGAGGCGGUGCUCAGUGUCGGUCGGAGUCUCGGAUGGUCGCCCGUCAACCAAGUCGCUGAUGCCAGCUUCUUCACUGAAGAAAGGAACUCAUUAAAGAAAUUUAACGUGAGCAUCACCAUCAACAACCUCAUCAUCAGCCCCAAAAUGUUGCCGGCCAUCGGCGCAUUCGCACACAGCGACAUCAACUCGGACGGCCACAUGAACGCCGACGUCACGGGGAAGUGCAGCAACCUGUUCAACAUCGUGGACAGCACGGAGGAAGGGAACGUGGACACUGCAUGCGGCAUACCGCUGCACACCAGGUGCUACCUCAGAUACAAGUUCUUCGAUCAAAAGGUGAGCAUGUCCAGACUGUUCCCGAUGUUCAUGGUUGGUGAACAGCUGUUUGUGACCGGCGCCUACAGGGAGAAGUUUAGGAUUUGUUCGUCUGCAAUGUUCGCAUGGUACCUGGCCGAGGAGAGGUUGGAAGUUGAAAUCUGGAUGACAGGGCGGGACGAAAGUGGUGCAAAUAAUGGUAAUGAGGCAAACAACGAGGCUGGCCACGAUGACGGCAACUCGAACGCAGUGAAUGCUAACGAAUUUCCAAAACCAUCAGACCACCUGGUUGGAGCGGGGUACAUCGAUUUCAUCGAGUUGGCUGACCUCAAGAAAGUCAAGUGCUCCAUUAGAAACAGCAGCAUGAUAUACAACGCCUCGUGCGACAACAUCGGUGAAUCCUCCUUUGAUUACGUCAUCACAUUUGCAGACGAUAUCCCAUCUGCCAAGUUAGAUAAGAUCCUGGAGUUAAUAUCAAAAGGAUCUCUACCACCAAAUCUUUUUUCCAGUGCUCUCAAUCCCAAUUUUCCCGAUUUCAGUUUCUUGGGCCAUGUUGCAACUGGGGUCGACGUUGUUGGGAGUGCAUGCGCCGACAUUGACCUCCUGACCGGCGCAACCAAGAAGAUGAGCCAGACAGCGCCGUCGCAUGAACAACCUAGCAAGAAGAAGAAGUUUGUAGAUAGCAAGGAUGUAUUCAAGGCACGGUUGUCCAUUGAGAGGGCGUAUCAUCUCCAAGAUGUUCCAGUCAGUGGCGUGCUUGUGGUUCCGAGUGCCUACGUGACGUACAACACGGCCGAAAGCGAGGAACCGGUCAGUAGUCACGUGAUCAGCCAUGAUAACAAUCCUGUGUGGUACCAUGAUAAUGAUGUCCUUCUCAGCAAGGAGAUGCUGCUGGCCAGAGAUAAGAACUUAAUAAUAAAGGUGUGGCACAAAAUUGGUGGCGACGGUGGCAUUGGUGGCAAUCGUAAGUCGUCGACUUCAUCACAUCUGAAACCUGACAAGUUUGCAGACAAGGUGAUUGGAUAUGUUUCAGUUAAUUUGAGACCACUGACGACGAGAAACUUCUUCAACAUCUGCGGCUACUACAACAUCAUCGACCUGGCUGGAUCUUGCAAGGGACAAAUAAAAGUCUGUGUGACGCCCAUGCAGUGGUCCAAUGAAGCACAGCAGGUUCACGUCGUCAUCGUGCCUGCUUUUUUACUUUGUGUCGACGAUGUUUGA